UCCUCGGCGCUGAAUGGGAGUGGAGAAGGAUGCAGGAGGAUUCGUAAACUCCACAGGAUCCAUGGAAUAUGUAGAAUGAGUCCCUAUCUGAGUACUGAGGUUGUAUUUUGUAGUCGUUCAAUCACAGCCGGGGAAUGAAAGACAGAGAUUGCGGCGUCACUUGGAGUAGAUAACGCGUUAUCGUUGGAACAUUCUAUGGUGCUUGGUUGCAGACUAUUUAGGCUCGUGUCGUUCAGGUGACAGACACUUAACUUUACGGACUGUGUAUUCUUUAUCCGCUAUGUAAUUUGGAGCAAGUGGGUGUACAUCGGAUCCCUAAAAAUACGAUCAGUUGGAUGUAUUGAACUGUCGAGCAUAACUUUUAAUAACUCAGAAUAAUAGCUCAGCAAUUGGCUAAUACGUGCACGGUAUGCAUGAGAGCCUUGAGAAUCUGUAUGAGCUGGAUAAUGAUAAUCAUGGACUGUCAUCAGACGAAGAAUAUGCCAAUUCACUGUAGGAUGUAAUCGUAACACUUGGAAUUGACAUAGCCGGUCUUUACGCGGGCCGGGGAAGCAUGGAGAAAGGUCUUUAUUCCCUCAUUCAGAUUCACGCAUUGAAAGUGCACUUCGGGAACUACAGCGUUUUCUUCGGAAACUUUUAAGCUGAUGUCCGACGUACUCAAAUAUGAGAGAAAAUCAUUGAAAACACUAGAAUUGUAUUAAAACGGCCUACGUAAUUUUUUGUAAACGUAAAAUCAUAUAGUACAGCCUUAAUGGAAAUAGCCUACAUUCCAAACAUUUCUUACAAUACAUUUAAAAUCUAAGCGCGAAAGAUAUUGACCAUGGCUCCCACAGGCCUAAGGGAAAGUGACCUCUAUCAAAAGUGUGGACAUGUUCAUCAAGAAGUGUGAGGCAGAGGCCCAUGAGAAUGAAAUAACUGCUUUUUCUGCAGAGGUUCUCUGGGAUAUGAUGAUGUGAAAGUAUGCUACCACAUCCUAGGUAAGGUAAAAGUUACAUUCCAUCGGAUGGCUUCCAAUGCGUCACCGACUUCGUUGGCUCAUUUCCACACGAUCAAGGAUUUUUGUUCAUUACGUGUUUCAAAGCUGCAAAAUUGCUAAUUUACGAUGCUGUUUUUACGAUGUGUUAUUGAACUGAUCCGAGUGAGAGCGCGACGACCUGCACUAGAAGUUUCAGAAAUUGACUGUAGGCUAUCACAGGUGUUCCUUACGAAAAGUGACUCAGACCAGCAUUAUGGUUGCCUGCGGAUAAGAGUGAGCCCUGUGGGUUGAUUGUGGACCCCCAAGUCCUCCCUGCUCUUUCUCCUGACUUGGAUCCAGUCACCUUCAGCCCUACUGUCCACAUGCAGGCCAAGAAGAGGUACCUGCUCGUGUCUCUAGGGGCCUGUCUUCUUCUGGUUGCCUACCUGUGGGGACUGCAGAUCGGAGAGUUCCAUAACCAAAACCACCACCAGCACAUCUACAGAGUUGCCCAGAGACCCGGCCUCCGCCUGCACAGACAGCAUUGGCCCGAGUGGACACACCCGCUCAGCCCCUACCUGGAGGACGGGGAGCAAGAGCAGGACAGCCCUCUCCUUCACCACCAGCACACCUCUCCCCGGGAGAGACGGGAGAUCCGCAACAACAUCUACAAGAGCAGGAGGUGCCGCAUGGACACAUGCUUCGAUUUCAGGCGCUGCCAGAGGGGGUUCAAGGUAUACGUCUACCCCCUGCCGAAGGGGGAGAAGGUGUCGGAGAGCUACCAGAAGAUCCUGACGGCCGUUGAGGAUUCCCGGUUCCACACCACGGACGUUAACCAGGCUUGUCUGUUUGUGCUGGGCAUCGACACCCUGGACCGGGACCAGCUGUCCGGCCAAUACGUUCACAAUGUCAAGGCUAAAAUACAGAGCCUCCCCACAUGGAACGACGGGAGGAACCACCUCAUAUUCAACCUCUACUCUGGCACCUGGCCGGACUACACAGAGGAGCUGGGCUUUGAUAUUGGCCAGGCAAUUUUGGCCAAAGCCAGCAUUGAUAUGGAUAAUUUUAGGCCACACUUUGAUGUGUCCAUUCCGUUGUUUUCAAAAGACCAUUCUCAGAAAGGAGGGGACAAGGGUUAUUUGACACUCAACAAUGUCCCUCCAUCAAGAAAAUAUCUACUGGUUUUCAAAGGGAAGAGGUAUCUGACUGGUAUCGGUUCAGAAACCAGAAAUGCUUUGUAUCAUAUUCACAAUGGGGAAGAUAUCAUUCUGUUGACCACCUGCAAGCACGGAAAAGACUGGGAGAAGCAUAAGGAUACACGAUGUGACAGGGAGAAUGAAGAAUACUCAAAGUUCGACUACCAGGAGCUGCUCCACAACUCCAGCUUCUGUCUGGUGCCUCGCGGUCGCAGACUGGGGUCUUUCCGCUUUCUUGAGGCACUUCAGGCUGCCUGUAUCCCUGUUCUACUGAGCAAUGGCUGGGAGCUGCCUUUCUCAGAGAUCAUCGACUGGAGCAAAGCAGCCAUCAUUGGAGACGAGAGACUCCUACUCCAGGUUCCUUCAAUUACCAGAUCUGUGGACCAUGACAAAAUAUUGGCUCUCAGGCAGCAGACUCAGUUCCUCUGGGAUGCUUAUUUUUCUUCGGUAGCAAAAAUAGUAUUAACUACAUUAGAGAUAAUCCAAGACAGAAUAAAUUCACACAUAUCCAGGAACAAGUUGAUGUGGAAUUCAUUGCCUGGCGGACUAUACGUUCUGCCUCAGUUCUCCACCGACGCGGCAGUGUUCCCCUUUUAUUAUUCCUCGCUGGGUAAGAGCCCGUCACAGGAGUUCACCGCUGUGAUCCAGGCCGUGACACCCCUACAGUCCCAGCUGCAGCCUCUAGUCAAGCUCAUCAUCGCUGUUGCCAAGUCCAAGUUCUGUGCACAAAUUAUUGUGCUUUGGAAUUGCGAUAAGCCUUUACCUUCCAAGAACAAGUGGCCCUCCACCGCCGUGCCUAUCACUGUCAUUGAGGGAGAGAGAAAGACAAUGAGCAGUCGCUUUUUCCCACACGACGUCAUCCUAACGGAUGCUGUCCUCAGUCUGGAUGAGGACUCUGUCUUGUCGACCAAUGAGGUUGACUUUGCCUUCUUCGUCUGGCACAGUUUCCCAGACAGGAUUGUGGGCUACCCAGCACGCAGCCAUUACUGGGACAGCAGCAAAUCAAGAUGGGGCUACACCUCCAAGUGGACUAAUGAGUACUCCAUGGUGCUCACAGGGGCUGCAUUCUAUCACAGGUACUACCACUACCUGUACACUCACUACUUGCCACCCAGCCUUCUCACUAUGGUGGACCGGAUGUCCAACUGUGAGGACAUCCUCAUGAACUUCCUGGUAUCUGCCGUCACCAAGCUUCCACCAAUCAAAGUCACACAGAAGAAGCAGUACAAGGAAACCAUGAUGCAGCAGGGCUCUAAGACAUCCCGCUGGGCCGACCCGGACCACUUUGCCCAGAGACAGACGUGUAUGAACUCAUUCAGCGGCUGGUUUGGGUUCAUGCCUCUGCUUCACUCUCAGAUGAGGCUGGACCCUGUGCUGUUCAAGGACCAGGUCUCCAUCCUGAGGAAGAAAUACAGGGACAUCGAGAGGCUGUAAACGCAGAAUAAACCCAAUGCACACAGGUAGAAAACAUUGGUGUGGGUACAGCUCAAAUCUCCCUCCGAGCUGCAAGUAAAGUGAACUGCCUUUAAACCAGCCUGUUCAGUCAGUGAGACUGAAGUCUCUAUGGAUUAAUUUAAUGUGAAAUAUGCAACACCAGGACCGUUCUCCAGAGGUGACGGUCUUGGCUAUUGAAUAUGAUUCAGAACUCUAGUUGGAUCAGCUCUCUCCAUGUCAGUGAGUUGAGACUGUUGAUGUUGUCAUCAUUGUUGUCAUGAGAAGAAUAUAAGGAACUUUUCAAACGCUUUGACAUCAGACUGAAUUGUCAUUGUCACUUCUCUGAAUGAGGACCCAGGAAGUGAGGACACAAAUGCCUGCAAUGUGUAUUUGAGUUGGGUUUGAGAUAUUUUCUGUGGCAGUGUGGUCUUAAAACGAACACAGUACAUUGUGUUUGUCCUCCAUGAGAUCUAUAAAGUUUUUAUCUCCUACAUUAUACCUGUUGCUUUCCUUCAUUCAU